AGCUGCCUUGGCUCGAGCUCAAGAGUCCCUCACGCGCCGGCGAGCGCCCCGCAGGGCAAGGCGCCGUCGUUCCUCCGCAGCCAUGGCGUCGGCUGGCGUGCUCGUGUGCACCCGGUGCCGCGGGGCCGGCCACGCGGCCAAGGACUGCCAGGUCCUGAGCUUCACGCGCAGGGCGCCGGCCGAGCUCCGGGCCGAGCGGCUGGCGAAGCGUGCCGAGUGGGAGGAGAGGCAGGCGGAGAGGCAGGCGAAGCGUGCCGAGUGGGAAGAGAAGCAGGAGAGGUGGCAGUCGAGGCAGGCGCAGCGCGAGGAGAAAAAACAGGAGAGGUGGGAGGCGUGCAGCCAGACCACGGACACGUCCACGGCGGCGACGACCGCGGUGAUGGCGCCCCAGGACGAGGAGGAGGUGAAGCGCCGCGUGGCCGCGGACAGGGCCGUCCGGCGACACGAGAAGGCGCUGCGCGAGAUCGCCAAGCUGGAGGCCCGCGGCGACCUCGACGCGCUGCAGAGGGCCAAGCUGCAGCGCCGUCCCGAGUUGGAAGCCGAGCUGUCGACCGCCCGGGGGCUCGCGGGGGCCUUCGCUCGGAACGAGCUGCGGCUGGCCGCCCAGGCGCGAGUGCGGUGAGGCCGCUGGCCGCAGGCGCGUGGCUGGCCCCGUGAGGGUGUUGUGCAGUGCAAUGUCCCCGCCGGUUUGUACAGUCAGAGAGCGCGUGUGUUUCCGGCGUGCCUUUGGCCGGCCUCUGACGCAAGCAGAGGCGGGCCACGUCCAAGUCGCUCCUGGCGGCUAGCGGCUAAUUAGGACACUCUGUGAAAUCGGCUAUUCGAGGUCUCGUUUGCGUAUUUUUUGCAGCCGCCAAGUUGCACAGUGUACAGGCAAGGUGACCGAUCGCUCCGAGUCCGCCGACGAGAGCACGCCCAGUUUACGUUUCGCCGUCCUCGCGGUUGCCUUCGCAGAUUUUGCGCGUCGGGUGACCAAUAUUCCCCCAGAGGGGGCCUCGGAGGGCGCGAAGAUGACAGCGCGUCGCGCAUCGCGGGGCGCGAUGGAGGAAGUUAUGUAGGUGACCUCUGGCCCAAGGCGCGAUUUGUCACUUCAGCGCUUGCUGUUCAAGGUUGACUUUGCCAUGCUUUGCCAUAUCCCGGCGCGGCCACGAGAUGAACACGCUUUUUUGGAAGUGAUCGGUGCUGGAGCUUCCGUUCUCUCCUCCAGCCACAUCCAAUACCAACCGGAAAAUCCAAACCUGCCUCCUGUCACCUCCCCGGUGGGCGCGCC